AUGCGUUUCUGGUCCCCUCCUCCUCUAACGACCUACAAUGUGGCGCCUCACAGACCAUUAACAGCUGGAGAGAUGUUCUUCGUCUACUUCCUGCUGGUCCUCCUCUGCAUUGAGAACAGCCCAGCAGGCUGCAGAGGUCGAUCCCAUCACAGACAGAGACGCCUGGACUCCCAGAUCAUCGGAGGGAGUGCCACCAAGCCAGGCGAUUGGCCGUGGCAGGUGAGCCUCCAGAAAUACAGCACGCACAUCUGUGGAGGCUCCAUCCUCAACCAGUGGUGGGUGUUGACAGCAGCUCAUUGUCUGAAAAGGUUCAGGGCUAAACAACUCUCAGUGGAGACGGGCUCUAUAGAACUGAGGCACCACAAAGCGCAGACAUACAAGGUGGCUGGCAUCGUCAUUCACCAGAGCUACAACCACUUGAACCUCGAUAACGACAUCGCAAUCGUGGAGCUGGAGACCCCCAUCUCCUUCAGUGAUGACCAGAUGCCCGUUCUGCUGCCCCUGAAUGACCAGUUCGACAUUGACGACUGGAAACCCUGCUUCGUCAUUGGAUGGGGUACAACCCAACAUGAGAAGAGGCCGACGAUCCUACAAGAGGUGGAAGUGGAGCUAAUUGACUGGCACAGCUGUCGGAAGUGGGUGAAAGGUCUCACGAAAAACAUGCUGUGCGCCGGGUACGAGGAAGGUGGACGAGACGCCUGUCAGGGAGACAGCGGGGGUCCGCUGAUGUGUCAAGGCAUGAACUCCGAAGCUUGGAUCCAGGUUGGGAUUGUGAGCUGGGGGAAUGGGUGUGGUGAGUUCCAGAGCCCUGGGGUGUACACUCUGCUUGCCAACUACCUGGACUGGCUGGAGGUGAAGGCGAACGAGGCUGGAAGACCCUACACCCCAGGAAGGGACAUUCCUUCUGAACCUGCGAAGCAAGUGGUGGAAGCUAACACUACAUCCCAGGCUUCAUACCCCUUCCAGGAUCUGACAGCACUACAAUCCACAACCUCCAGAACCGACCGAGGCAACACCCUCCUCUCGAUAGUGACAUUGGCAUGGGGAGUUCUAUUGGCUGAGAUUGAUAAAUAA